AAAAAUAUAUAUGUAUAUAUAAAAUUAUUAAUAUGCAAAGAAAUAUAUUUAAUAGAUUAAAUAUUUAAAUUAAUAAUUAAUGUUUGGAAAUUGUGUAAAGAAAUAAAUAUUAUAUAGAAGCAAGUCUUUACAGAAUUAUUUAAUUAAAGGAAUUAUUUGAUUUAUUUACCAAAUUAAUACAAUAAUAACAAUAUACAAAAUGACAUUAGAGGACGCACAAAAUGCAGCGAGAAAGGCAGUACAAUUUGAUAGUCAAAAUCAGUACAAGCAAGCCUUAUAUUAUUAUAACAUAGCUGUAAAAUAUCUUGUGGAACUGCAAGAUCCUGUGUACGAUCAAAAAAUUUCUGAAUAUCAAGAGAGGAUAAUAACUAUACAGAAACUUGUUUGCGAAGAAGAACAAAAACAUCAUAUAGCACAACCUACAGAUCAAUCUAAGUUACAAAAAUGCAAAUUUCUUAUGAAUCAAGCGCAAGAUGCUGAUGAAGCUGGUUUAAAAGACAUUGCUGUAAAAUUAUAUACAGAUGCUGCUGAACUAGGACUUAGCGUGAAAACUAGCAACACACAGACAAAAGCUAAAUUAACAGCACUUAUAAAGCUUGCUCUUGAUAGGGCAGAAUCUCUGAAAGGUUUGAGGACAGUGGACAGUAAUGACAUUUUUAAAACCCUUUCGAAAUUACCUCCAGUACCUGAAACUAAUCUGGACGAAGAUAUAGACGAAAUAUCAUCUACAAUUACAAAAGUUAAUACUACAGAGUCUAGCAAUACAGGAAAAUCAUCUCAACCACUUCUUCAUCGAGGAAGCAGUGCACAUCUGAAAGUGAGCGGUGGCAGCAGUAAUUAUUCAGAAGAAGAGAAAAGAGUUUUGCUUCAUAGUUCUCACAUCAAUGAUCAUGAAUUUGUACCUUUUAUGAGUAUUGAUCUUACAGAAAAGUUUCAGUAUGCUAUCCCGUUUACUGACAAAGACGGUUUAUUAACAUUAGCGCCAAAACAGAAACCUGAUUUUGCAAAAUGGUGCCGACCAGAAGAAUUAUUUUCUGACCCAAGAAUGCUUAAAACGAGCCACGUUGAUUAUUAUAGUAUCAAACAGACAGUUGUUUCUGACUGUUCUUUCGUUGCUUCUCUCGCAGUUAGUGCUCAAUAUGAAAAAAGAUUCGGACGUAGACUUAUCACCUCUAUUAUUUAUCCAAAGAAUAGAAACAAAGAGCCGAUAUACAAUCCAUUUGGAAAAUACAUGGUGAAACUACACAUUAACGGUGUUCCACGCAAAGUUAUAAUAGAUGACUUAUUGCCUGUAAGCCGAUACAACCAAUUACUUUGUUCCUACUCUAGCAAUCACGGUGAGCUGUGGAUCUCGUUGCUCGAGAAGGCAUACAUGAAAGUAAUGGGUGGUUAUGAUUUUCCUGGGUCAAAUAGUAAUAUAGAUUUACAUGCUUUAACUGGCUGGAUACCAGAGAGGUGGGCUAUAAGACCUGGUGAACCUGAUUUUAAUAAGGACAAUCUAUUUAAUGUGUUAUUAACACGUUUACACAAAGGAAAUGUACUAAUAACAGUUGCUACUGGAGAAUUAUCCAAUUUGGAAGCUGAUAGAACAGGUCUUGUACCGACUCACGCUUAUGCUGUUCUUGAUGUUAGAAGAAUAAAUGAUGAAAGAUUAUUACAACUUAAAAAUCCUUGGUCACAUUUACGAUGGAAAGGAAAUUAUUCUGAACUUGAUGGAAUACAUUGGACGAGUGAAUUAAAGGAAACACUAAAUUAUGAUCCUGAUUCUGCGUCCCAAUUCGAUAACGGAGUUUUCUGGAUUGAUUAUGACAGUAUAUGUCGAUUUUUCGAUGUUUUUUAUUUAAAUUGGAAUCCAGGUUUAUUUAACUACACUUAUUGCAUUCAUCAAAUGUGGAAUGCAGGAAUAGGACCAGUAAAAGAUGCAUAUAAUAUUGGUGAUAAUCCUCAAUUUUUACUAGAAGUGAAAAAGAACGUUAAUGGUGCUAUAUGGAUUCUUCUUACAAGACACAUUAUAGAUAUAGCAGAUUUUAGACAAAAUCAAGAAUAUAUAACAGUAUUAGUUUAUCGAAAUGACGGAAAAAGAGUGUAUUAUCCUCACGAUCCACCGCCAUAUAUUGAUGGGGUAAGAAUAAAUAGUCCACACUAUCUUUGUAAAAUAAAACUAGAUCCUCAAAGCGAUACUCGAUAUACUCUAGUUAUAUCCCAGUAUGAAAAGACACAUACAAUAUAUUAUACUUUACGUGCCUAUGGAUCUUGCGAGUUCUCAUUAAAAAAGAUACCAAAUUUUUACAAAUAUGAGGAAGAGCUUACUGGUCAGUGGAAAGACAUUACGGCUGGUGGAUGUAGUAAUCAUCCAACGUAUCAGAAUAAUCCGCGUUAUCAGUUGAUUUUAGAAAAUUCAAGUAAUAAUAACUAUUUGCUUAUUAUAUUGAAGGGACCUAAACAAUAUCAGAUAGGAUUUGAUAUCUUAACAGUUUUAUUAAAUGAUUCUGAAGCACCUACUGCAUUCAAAAUGAAAAGCUCUGGCCCAUUCAGAUCCGGAUUUGUUUAUCUCGAACUAGAGGAUGUACCAGCAGGUACAUAUCACAUUAUUCCAUCGACAUAUAUACCUGGACAAGAAGGACAUUUCUUUUUAAUUUGUAAGUCAUAUUGCAAAUUACAACUCCAAUAUAUUACAUAAAUUUUAUAUAAAAAUAGAUCUUAAUAAUCAUAAUUAUUAUACA